GGGUGGGGUGGAGGAAGCGGCCUCGAGCUGAGGAGGGAGCAAUUGAAUUUCAAACACAAACAAGCGCACGAGCGCGCCCCGAGCCGAGCGUUGCCCACCGCGCCCGCCCCGUCCGAGCGGCGCGCGGGCGCAGACGCCGUGGCUGCUCCGGAGCUCGUGCCAGGGGCCACCAUCGAGGCGGGGGCCGCGCGAGGGCCGGAGCGCAGCGGCGCCACAACCGCCGCACGCGCAAACUUGGGCUCGCGCUUCCCGGCUCGGCGCGGAGCCCGGGGCGCCCGCGGCCCCGCCAUGUCGCGAUCCAACCGGCAGAAGGAGUACAAAUGCGGGGACCUGGUGUUCGCGAAGAUGAAGGGUUACCCACACUGGCCGGCCCGGAUUGAUGAGAUGCCUGAGGCUGCUGUGAAAUCAACAGCCAACAAAUACCAAGUCUUUUUUUUUGGAACCCACGAGACUCUCCCAUCUCUCCCCAGGGCAUUCCUGGGCCCCAAAGACCUCUUCCCUUAUGAGGAAUCCAAGGAGAAGUUUGGCAAGCCCAACAAGAGGAAAGGGUUCAGCGAGGGGCUGUGGGAGAUCGAGAACAACCCUACAGUCAAAGCCUCUGGCUACCAGUCCUCCCAGAAAAAGAGCUGUGUGGAAGAGGCUGAGCUGGAGCCUGGAGGCCCCGAGGGCGACGGGGACAAGAAAGGCGGCGCAGAGGGCAGCAGCGAUGAGGAAGGGAAACUGGUCAUUGAUGAGCCGGCUAAGGAGAAGAACGAGAAGGGGGUGCUGAAGAGGAGAGCAGGGGACAUGCUAGAGGACUCCCCUAAACGUCCCAAGGAGUCAGGAGACAAUGAAGAGGAAGAAAAGGAGGUGGCUACCUUGGAGGGUGAGAGGCCCCUACCCGUAGAGAUGGAGAACAGCACCCCCUCUGAGCCAGACUCUGGCCGGGGACCUCCUCCAGAGGAAGAGGAAGAGGAAGACGAGGAGGAGGCUACCAAGGAAGAGGCUGAAGCCCAGGGUGCCAGAGACCAUGAGAGCCUGUAGCCACCAAUGUUUCAAGAGGAGCCCCUGCCCCGUUCCUGCUGCUGUCUGGGUGCUACUGGGGAAACUGGCCAUGGCCUACAAACUGGGAACCCUUUUCCCACCCAACCCACUCUCCUCCUUCACUCAGUUUCUCCUUUUUUAAGCCCACCUCCUGGAGACUGGCUUGAUCUUCACUCCAGUUCCCUGUACCCUGUGACCUGAGUCAGGGCCAUGUGCUCUGGAAUGAGAUGAGGCCGUUAUCUCCUUAGAUUUGUCUCCUAGGACUUGCGUUGGGGUCUGGGCUGCUGUUUCCACCUCUUGGCACCUUUGCCCUCCUUGCAGGUACUCUAGACCUUUGGGCUGGGCGGGGCAGGAGAGGGGUAAUGGAAUAUUAACUUGAGUAUGGGUUCUUGGGUGGCAUCUCCUGAGCUCGUGCUCUUACACCUAUUUGCCCAUCUGCCCAAAUUCAAGAAAAGGGGACACUGGGAAAGAGGCUCCCAUCUAUACAUCCUUUGAUGAUUUUGAGAACUUUUUUUUCACCCUGAACCCUAGGGUUCAAGGAAUUAUAGUUUAACAUCAAGACUUUGGGGUUUCCACAUGGUUAGGGUCAAGGACCUGGAGAGCUGAUGAUCUGAAAGAUUGACUCAUCAUUUGUAGUCUCUCUAGAUCUCAGGUCAGAGAUGGGUAACGGGGGGGGGGGGGGGGGGGGGGGGGGGGGGGCUGCUGCCUUCUUCCCCCUGAGCUCCAGGCCAGCCUCUAGUCAGAUACAUCACCCAGACAGAAAGGAAAAGAUAAAUUUUUUAGGAAAUGUUUUUAAUAAAAGAAAAUUACAAAAAGGAAAAAAAAACCCAACCUGUUAAUCCCAACCCUUUGUGUGCCCCCCACUACUGACCCGUUUCUGGGGUGCACUGGGAGGCUCCCUUUCUGUUCGAGUUGAUGACUCCUUGGAGCUGGUCCUCUGGUGAUGGCACACAUCCAGCUUGUAGCCCACUGAAUACCAGGGAAAGUGCUCUCUCCCAGCCUCUUAUGGGGUUCUUACGCCCCUUCCUUCUUUUGUUCCUAUCCCUCCCUUGGGCUCUGAAGAAAAAUUGCUGACUGUAGCUUUGGAAGUGUAGCUCUGAGAACCAUAGACAAUUUGAAUUCUAGGAAAAUAAAGCCGUUGAUUACUAUCCUGGA